GUCAAUUGACGACCAGCACGACGACGAUUGGAUGAAAAUCGUCUGGUUGAUUCAAGGGGGAGAAAUGUCGGACGCGUUUCCAGCCGGUGGCCACUUCGAGGUUCACAUCGCAAUUCGGAUCACUCAAGUCAAGAGCCCACGCCGCCUUCGUAUCAGACAGGCAGCGUUAUUCAUAUACAUCACUGCAAAUUCCCAUGGACAUGCGUUCGUUGAUCCACCAGGGCUCGUCCCCUAGCAGCAGCAGCAGCAGCAGCAACAGCAGCAGCUCUGCCUCUGCUUCUAGCUCCAGCUCCACUGCCAGCGCACCCAUCAGCAGUAGCUUCCCCACCUCCUCGACGCUACCUGUACCUUCAUUCCCGGCCAUGCGGCCACAGCCGACGAUUUUCCAGCGCGCCGCAGUUGCCCAGGCACCGACGCUGGCCCCGCUCCGCUUCAUCAUCCCAAGCUCCCGCACGACCAACAGCUUCGGGGCAGGUCUCACGGCCUCCAUCCCGUCCGCCCAACCCACUAGCCAACCUCUGUAUAGCACAAUAAGCGAGCCCGAGCGCGAGCCGCAGCCGCAACACUCGAUGCUGUACCCGCAGGACCGCUUUACUAUCAAGACGGAGCAGCAGCAGCUCUCCCCCACAACCGACAGUAUGCUCGAGGAUCCCAGCCAGCCCAAGAAGAUCACACCUAAGCGCACACGUACUCCAAAGCUCUCCAAUCGCUCCACCAAGAGCAAAGCUCGCCCAGGUCUUCGCAAGGGCAAGUGGACAGAAGAGGAAAGUCGAUACGCUGCCCAACUCACCAACUACUUCAAGGAGGGUCUUCUGCCUAUCGAGAGAGGCACAAUGCUGCGUCUCUAUCUGUCGCAGAAGCUCAAUUGUGAGCCUAUGCGUAUCACCAAGAAGUUCACGGGCGGAGAGUGCAUCGGCAAGCAAGUCUUCCGUCCAUGCAGCCCCACUCCGGAGUCCCGAGUGAGGAUCAUGCAGGCACAGCUCGAACUAGUGGCACUCGAGGCAGCCUUCAUCAAGAGACUCAAAGAGAACCGGGAGGACCCUCCCAUCCAGACGGACGAGUUCGACGUGCGCUCCACAUCGUCUGGCAACAGGUCACGACCUGUACCGCUCAAGCCCCGCAUGUACCAGGAUGGUGAUGGGAACAAGGAGGGCGAUGAGGAUGACGCCAAUGCCGUGGGAUUACUGCUCGACUUUUUCUACAAGGCCAAUCGGAACGAGAAGAAGGGAAGCAAGGACGCUUCUGCGAUUAAGGAGGAGGACUCUUGUUCAAGUAAGAACCCCGAGAAGAAGGAAGAAGCAGUAGAAGAAGAGGAACAAAUCAAGAAGGAACCCGUAGAGACCUCUGCGCCGACUUCACCCAGCGCCACCGCAACCAACAGCGAGAACGACACAGCGAUCAACUCACCGACAAAGCGAUUGCGCGCUCUCUCGGUCAGCUGCGUAGACCCUGCAGCGGCCAAGCGCUCUCGUAUCGGCUCCUUCUCCACCGUCACGGCUGCAUAGACUUCAGUCGGACACCGAGGGAGAGAGCUUUAGGAUAGUCAUUAGAUGCUACUUCAAAGAAGUAGGAAAUUUUUAGCCAUUUUGUCUAGCUUUUCAUGUCACCACACAAGAAGAUGAGAACCUUAUGAACUCCCAAAGUCCGCCUUUGCA